GGGCUGGACACGGAUGUUUGGUGUGGGUCGUGUGUGUGUGUCAAUCUAUACAGACGUCUCCCUUUUCUUCGGCCCCUGCGCAACUAGCGCCGAUCCUGCGAGCUUCCGACCCCGCCCGCCACCCUCGGGACCUGGGUUGGAGAGAACAGGCACGGGAGUGCGUUCCCACGGCUUGCUAAGCCCAGUGGGGUUGGCUAAGAGACCGUAAUUCUGGGAAGUUGGGGGCUUCUGGAGAAUGGAAUUCCCAGACCUAGGAACACACUGCUGUGAGAAGACCUGCAAACAGCUGGAUUUUCUUCCUCUGAAAUGUGAUGCGUGUGAGAAGCUCUUCUGCAAAGACCACUUUACCUACAGCCGACACAACUGUUCUUCCGCAUACAAGAAGGAUGUUCAGGUUCCAGUCUGUCCUCUUUGCAAUGCUCCCGUCCCGGUAAGAAAGGGAGAGUUGCCAGAUGUAGCGGUGGGAGCCCAUAUGGACCGGGACUGCAAACAGGAUUCUGCCCAGCAGAAGCAGAAAAUCUUCACCAACAAGUGCUUCAGACCAGGCUGCAAGAAGAAAGAGAUGAUGCAGCUGGUUUGUGACCAGUGUCACCGGAACUUUUGCCUUCGGCAUCGGCAUCCUUUGGACCAUGACUGCCAGGGACGCGUUUGGGCUGCCUCGAAAGCUGGGUGUGCAGCUGUGAUGAGGUCCCUGGAAUCCAAGAAGAUUUCUCCCAGCUGCCAGUUUCUACAAAACAGGUGCGAAGCGCAAAGCUGAGGUCUACAACCUGGAUCUAAACCUACCUCGAGCCUGUCUAUUGCUGUCUGUCCAUCUUUAGCUUUUAAAAAUGCACUGUACCCUUUUGCACAUUUUUGAUUAAACUGCCUCCUGGUCUUGUAAUGGUGGUUGGCUUGGAUUCAAGUCACAGAGAACUGCUGAAACGGACCGAGGAGGCACAUGUUUGAAGGAAUUGCAAGAUUGCUCACUUUGUCUUGCCCAGGAUAAUGGUCAUCGCAGAUUCCUUGGUCCCAAAUGAAGUUCGAGAAAACCUGAAGCCUAUAGGAGUAGAUCUGGUCCAUUCCAGUAUUCUUGAUGGCUGGAAAAAAAACCCCCGCAUUUUCUAAACUUGAAAUGAGGGCAGAUGCUUAUUUCUAAGAAUCCUUAGCCCAGUGUUUCUCAA